AUGUCUAUAUUGGGGGAAAUAGAAAUAUUAAAUGAUGGGACAUUAUUAAUCGGAAAUAGAGAAUUAUUUAGUAAAUUACAGCAAUAUUCACAACAACAAAAUAAUGAAAAUAAUAAUAAAUUAAAAAAUAAUGGAAAUUCUCCUCGAUUUACUUAUACACCAAGAGACAGACGAUAUCGGGAAGGGACAGCUGUACAAUUAAAUUGCGAGGCUAUUGGUAAUCCAAAACCAAAAAUAUAUUGGUUUUUUAAUUCUCAACAAAUAGAGCCUUCACGUAAACAUACUUUUCGUAAUGACGGAAGUCAAUUAUUAAUUUAUCCAUUUCUUGAACAAGAUAUUGGUAUUUAUAAUUGUGAGGCUGUAAAUAUAAAUGGAAGAAAUAAAAGUUUAAAUGCCCGUUUAGAGAUUAUUAAAAGUUAUCCACCAGAAAUUAUUGAAGGACCAAAAUCGAAAAAUGUUGGGAUUGGACAGAAAAUUAUUUUUAGAUGUAAAGCUAAAGGAGAACCAAAACCUUCAAUUGGUUGGUUUUUUAAUGGAGUGGAAAUUUCUUCUUUUGGAGGGCAUUUUCAAUCCCAAUUAACUAUUGAAUCGGUAGUGAGAAGAGAUGCUGGAACAUAUUCUUGUAUGGCCGGAAAUACAGUUGGUUCAAUGACUGCAGAUGCCCAAUUAGAAAUAAAUUCUUCACAAUUGGAUCAAAUUGAUAAACAAAUAAUUAAUGAAAAAACAUUUUUAAAAAAUAUAGUAAAUCAAGCUACGGAUAAUAUUGAAAGACAAAAGAAGAAUUAG